UCCCAGGCCCCGCCGUCGGCGCGCGCCGCGCUGCGUGGAGGAGAAACCGCCAACCCCGCGGCCGAGGGGGUUUCUCGCGGACGCGCAGCCCGCGAGGAGGGGGCGGGGCCUGGCUGGAGUGGGCGGGGCGGAGAGCUGCUCGCGCAGCGCCAGGGGUAACGGACGAGCCGGGUCCAACCGCCACCCGUCCGCCUGAGCGGCACCCCAUCAGGAGCAACCCGCCGAGUUCGUCUCCGUCGCCCGCGCCCGGCUCGGCGCCGCCUGACUGAGGGGGAAGUGGUCCGCCCCGGGCCGGCCGGCUGCGGGGGUGAGGCUGCCGGGAAGGGGCUGGGGGCGCCGGCGGGGCCGAGCAUCUCUCUCCGCGGCCCGCUGCCCCCCGCCCCCCGCCUCCUCCCCUCCCCGCGCCUGGCCGUCCCGCCCCGCUGAGACCCCUGGCCGCCGCCGGAGCCCAACGCGCAGGGCAUAUACUUCUCUUGUCUUGGUUGGAUGCACAAAUCUGUGUGCAGUGCUUUUUGCCCGUUGCCUAGACGAUCGCUUGGUUUCUCUGAGGAUGUCUGGUUCUCGUAAAGAGUUUGAUGUGAAGCAGAUAUUGAAAAUCAGAUGGAGGUGGUUUAGCCAUCAAGCAUAAUCUCCUAAUUCUACAGUUGACAGCCAGCAGGGAGAAUUUUGGAAUCGAGGACAGACUGGAGCAAACGGUGGGAGAAAGUUUGUAGAUCCAUGUAGCCUGCAAUUGCCUUUGGCUUCAAUUGGUUACCGAAGGUCCAGCCAACUGGAUUUUCAGAAUUCACCUUCUUGGCCAAUGGCAUCCACCUCUGAAGUCCCUGCAUUUGAGUUUACAGCAGAAGACUGUGGCGGUGCACAGUGGCCGGAUAGACCAGAAGUGGAUGAUGACACUAGUGAAGAAGAAAAUGAAUCUGAUUCCAGUUCAUGCAGAACAUGGAAUUCUAAACUGUGGUGUUGGAAUAAUAACAAAUAUAAACCAGUCAUCUAUAAUCGCUUGUGUAAUGGAGAGAGGGGAAUAUUUUUACAUAGGACUUCCAAUAGUAGUCAGACAUUAUCAUCCUGCCAUACUAUGGAGCCAUGUUCAUCAGAUGAAUUUUUCCAAGCCCUUAAUCAUGCUGAGCAAACAUUUAAAAAGAUGGAAAAUUAUUUGAGACAUAAACAGUUAUGCGAUGUGAUUCUAGUUGCUGGUGACCGCAGAAUUCCAGCUCAUAGGUUGGUGCUCUCCUCUGUCUCAGAUUAUUUUGCUGCCAUGUUUACUAAUGAUGUCAGGGAAGCAAGACAAGAAGAAAUAAAAAUGGAAGGUGUAGAACCAAAUUCAUUAUGGUCCUUGAUUCAGUAUGCAUAUACAGGCCGCCUUGAAUUAAAAGAAGAUAAUAUUGAGUGCCUGCUCUCUACAGCUUGCCUUCUUCAGCUUUCACAGGUUGUAGAAGCAUGCUGUAAGUUCCUAAUGAAACAGCUUCACCCUUCCAACUGUCUUGGAAUCCGUUCUUUUGCUGAUGCCCAAGGUUGUACAGAUUUGCAUAAAGUGGCUCACAAUUAUACCAUGGAACAUUUCAUGGAAGUAAUUCGAAACCAGGAAUUUGUAUUAUUACCAGCCAGUGAAAUUGCAAAGCUCUUGGCCAGUGAUGAUAUGAAUAUUCCUCAUGAGGAAACCAUACUGAAUGCACUUCUUACUUGGGUCCGUCAUGAUUUGGAACAGAGACGGAAAGAUCUCAGUAAACUUUUGGCUUAUAUCAGACUACCUCUUCUUGCACCACAGUUUCUGGCAGACAUGGAAAAUAAUGCACUUUUUCGGGAUGAUAUAGAAUGUCAGAAACUUAUUAUGGAAGCAAUGAAGUAUCAUUUAUUACCAGAAAGACGACCCAUGUUACAAAGUCCUCGGACAAAACCUAGGAAGUCAACUGUUGGUACGUUGUUUGCAGUUGGAGGAAUGGAUUCAACAAAAGGAGCAACAAGCAUUGAAAAGUAUGAUCUUCGUACAAACAUGUGGACUCCUGUCGCAAAUAUGAAUGGGAGGAGGCUACAGUUCGGUGUCGCAGUGUUAGAUGACAAACUGUAUGUAGUUGGUGGAAGAGAUGGACUGAAGACCCUGAAUACCGUAGAAUGCUACAACCCUAAAACAAAAACUUGGAGUGUGAUGCCUCCUAUGUCCACACAUAGGCACGGCCUUGGUGUGGCUGUAUUGGAAGGUCCCAUGUAUGCAGUAGGAGGGCAUGAUGGCUGGAGCUAUCUGAAUACAGUGGAAAGAUGGGACCCUCAGGCUCGCCAGUGGAAUUUUGUUGCCACUAUGUCCACUCCCAGGAGCACAGUAGGUGUGGCAGUACUAAGUGGAAAACUUUAUGCAGUUGGCGGUCGUGAUGGAAGUUCUUGCCUCAAAUCGGUAGAGUGUUUUGAUCCUCAUACUAACAAAUGGACACUCUGUGCACAAAUGUCAAAAAGGAGAGGGGGAGUAGGAGUAACUACCUGGAAUGGAUUGCUGUACGCUAUCGGAGGACAUGACGUUCCUGCAUCCAACUUGACUUCCAGACUCUCAGACUGUGUGGAGAGAUAUGAUCCCAAAACAGAUAUGUGGACUGCAGUGGCAUCUAUGAGCAUCAGCAGAGAUGCAGUGGGAGUCUGUUUACUUGGUGAUAAAUUAUAUGCUGUUGGAGGGUAUGAUGGACAGACUUAUCUUAACACAGUGGAGGCUUAUGAUCCCCAGAAAAAUGAGUGGACCCAGGUUGCUCCACUGUGCCUAGGAAGAGCUGGGGCUUGUGUUGUGACUGUAAAAUUAUAAUGUAGUGCUUUGUUUUCUAAAUGAAAAUAUCUACCUUUAUGAAUUUAGUACGGUCAUUCUACUAGCAAUGAGUACAUUUUUAGUAAAUUUGCAGUGCCACAUUCCUGGGCACAAAGUGCCUGGUCUCAAAGUGAAGAUGUUAAAGGAAAAAAGAAUGGAUGAACCAGGACUAAAUACGACAUUUCUUAGAAAAUCAAAACUACAGCUGGUGAAUCGUGAAUAUGUUCCUGACAUAAAAUACAAGAACAAAUACACUGCUUCUAACCAUAACUCAGUGUUAACUGGGAAUUUCAUUUAGUAAUAGUCACUUUUACUCAGAUUUUCCAGAUUUCUUUUAUUACAAUGCAAACAUACCAGAUAAAAAUUUUAGUAUUUUGCUUUGUAACUUUAUCAUACAUGAGUUGCAGUAAUUUUUAUUCAUUUGUUUGUUUAAUCAUAAUGAUAUACUAAAGACUAUGCUAUUUAGUUUUUUCAGAAAUAGCUGCAUUAUAUGUGCUUUGGUUGCCAAUUUUAUUUCUAAAAUUGGCUUAGUCUUAAUGACUAAAGAAAAACAUUAAAGAGUUAAAACAAUGACUGAAAAAAUGGUAUGAUCUUUGGGGUCUACUUAAAUAUUUAUCUAUUAGAUGUAGAUUCACUAAGAACUACAUGUUAUGAUAGUCUCAAAUUGGAAAUGAAACAUGGUUUAAGAUAUGCAAAUUUAUGUAGAGAAAAUAAAUGUUAUAUACCCUAUAAUAUUCUUUCAUCUAACUAGUAUUUAAUUAUAUGGGUUUGUUUUCUUUUGUAUUAUAAAAGAUGUUUUGAUUUUGUCUUGAUAUGGACAAAACUGUUCGGGUAUUCUUAUGUUCUCAAGUCUAUGUAUACCUCCCUUGCCUUGUUUUCUUAAGUUUUGGCAGUUAGUAACCCUUUGUGCUUCUUUGUGAUCAAACAUUUUGGGGGAAUCGUGUUUGAAAAAUAAGUUUAAACUGUUUAUUACCCAAGGUUUUGUACAUUUGUAAACUCUUAAUUACAUAUGUGAAUGUUAAUAGACUCAGUGAAUUGCUUAUUUGCAAAAAUGCACUGAGCAGUAACAUUUUAUGGUAAAUCCUUUAAGGUAUAAGUCAUUAACUUACAGCUUAAUAUAAAGUGAGUGUAAACUAAAUUACAAUCUUUUAAAAUACAGUGUUGUGGUUAGUGUGUUUUUCCAUUUCAUAUCAAGGUAGACUUGAUAGUUGUUUUUUAAAAAUUAAAACAAACUCUUUUUUUUUUUUUUUUUGACCUGAUUUUGAAUGUUCAUGAAAUGUUUCUACCUUGGAACCCAAGAAAUGGAGUAUUUCUGUUCAUAGAACAAAUCCUCUGGUCAUUUUACUGGUGUGGCUGCUAGGAAAAUAAUACUGAUAGUAACAAACACAAUAAUAUUUCAUACGUUACGGGUAUGAAUUCGAUUACAUUUGACCCUUGAAUAACACUGGGGUUGGGGAACCAACUCAUACAGUUGAAAAUCUGCAUGUAACUUUUGACUCCCCAAAAACUCAGCUAAUAGCCUGCUGCUGGUCAGAGCCUUACCGAUAACAUAAGCAAUCAAUUAACACAUAUUUUGUGUAUUAUAUGUACUACAUAUGGUAUUCUUACAAUAAAGUAAACUAGAGAGAAGAAAAUGUUUUUUUAAAUUGUUGCAAAUCUCCAAAGUUUUUCCAUUAUAUUUGUUGAAAAAAUUGCAUGUAUAAGUAGACCCUCCCAGUUCAAACCCUGUUUGUUCAAGAGUCAACUGUAUUUUUCUGACAAGGGGGGAUCAGCUGUAGAGUAUAUAUAGUUAGAGGAAGGGAGAGAAAAGAGGAAGACAUAUAACAAAUAAAACAAAAAUUUCAAAAGCA